AUGCCGCCGCGAACUCGCAGCCAGGACGUAGCACCCUUGCAACGUGCUUCUUCUGAGCUGACGCCCGGACCUGAAUCCGAAUCCGAACCUACGCCCGAGCCUGCGCCCGCGCCGCAGCUGCGCAAGCGGAAGGCGGCGUCCGCGACGUCAUCGUCGCAUGUUCCGGGGGACUCGGACGAUUCAGAGGAGCUCGAGCGCAAGAAGGUUGCACGUAAGAGGCGUCGUACAAAGGACCAUGAGGAGAGUGGUGCAGAAGAUGAUGAAGAUGAAGACGAGCUUGACGAGGAAGAGGAUACCGAUGAAGACAGAGUGAGGGCAGGCAAGGACAGGAAGGUAGCUAGCGAGACAGAGUUGGACGAAGAGUCGGGGGACGAGGCACCGGUAGUAAAGCGCGGCCGCGGGCGACCACCGAAAACGAAGACUAAGGGUCCUCCACCUGCAGCUGCGAAGGUCGUCACGUAUGAGCUCUCGAUUUACACGGCCAAGGAACUCAAAAAGGCUCAAACGAAACGCACUGCCACGAGCGGCAAGGUCGUACUCGCAACUUCUGUCUCCUGGCUACAGUUUGAACAGAAGCUCGUCGACACUGUGAAGACGAGAUUGAAUAAGCCCACGUCAAAACGCGACAGCUUCGACUUCAGCAUCGUCAUCCCUCGGCUCAUGAAAUCAUCCGGCCUGAAUACGGUCGAGGACUACGAGUUCGCUAUAGGAAAGCUUUCCGGAUCAAAAUCUGGGCAAAUAGCCCAUGUCACUGUCAACGAGGUGCCCAAUCCUGCAACUGCGUCGGAGAAGCGGGAGGCUAUAGAGUUGUCGGAUGAUACGGAUGCAGGAGAGAAGCCGAAGAAGCCGAAGAAGAAGGGGAAAACGACAAAGAUCUAUCCGAGUAACGAUGACCACGACGAACGCAUCGCUACGCUCCGUGAGCGUCACACCUGCAAAUCGUCAACGUGUGGGAAUGGCACCUCUCACUGCUGGGUCGAUCCCGAUACUGGAGCUCAUACUGCUCUUGGAAAUCAGCAGCUGGAUGCUUGGGCAGCUGCCAUCCCUGCGGGGAAUGCCUCGUACACAAAGCCGCCCAAUCAUCGCCUCUUUGAUCCGUCGGUUGCGAGCCCGGUGCGAGAAGCCCGCCGCAUUGCUAAUGAGGCCAAGGGUGCACCUGCCGUCGCACCCUCUGUGAACAUUCACUUCCCGAGCGAGUUUGCGAAUGCUUUGCGCCCACCUGUCCCGCCAGCUCCCGUGGGUCCUGCUGUUGUAAACAACACAGGCAUGUUAGUACCACCAGGCCACUCGCCAGGGCCAUCUAUGUCUUUGGAAGACUUCGCCGCCCUCUACGAUCUUCAUCCUGACACGUUUACAGCCCUCAAGGCUGCUAAAUUCCGUGAUGCAGCGGAGCUCGGUCAUCUUUCCUUGGCGCAAUGCGAGAAGGCCCUGGAUUUGGCUCUGGGCCAAUCUGCUAACCUUGCUUUGGCCGUGGCGACUUGGGCAAAGAAGGAGUGA